ACUUCGUUUAUUCUAACAAAUAAUCUAAUUUAAUCUAUAUAAUGUACGUAGGGAAUAUUUGCGAUCAUUAUGAGAGGAAUGAUAUGAAAGAAGAAAAUGUUUAUGGUAAGAUGUGUAACAUCUGACGGGGAACGAAAAAUGUGUCAUAGUAUGGAUUCCGAAACCGAUGAAAUAUGUAAUGAAGGGAGGAAGAAGAGAAGAACAUAUUACGAACUGUCAGCUUCAUGUUAUAAUUGAAAUAUUGUAAUUAUCAUUCGUACUUAUAAUGGUAUUUUAUGUUCCUUAAUUCCAAAAU